AUGGAACUCCGCACUUACCAACUUGAGGUUCUCGCCAAGAUACGGGAGUUCAAGUCGACGGUGGCCUUCAUGCCGACAGGCUCGGGGAAAACCCUGGUAGCUGUCUGGCUACUGCGUGAGCGGAUAGCACUGCAACAGAGGGAUGUUGCCGAUGGGCAGGCCAAGAAGGUAUGUGUCUUCAGCGCGCCCAACAAGGUCCUAUGCCACCAGCAAGCUGACUACAUUGGCAGUAACAUUGGCGAUGACCAGAGGUGCAGGAUACGCGUCCUUACUGGCGAGACUCCGAGGAUUGACAAUUGGUGCGGUACGGAGUGGAAAGAUAUUUUGGCAAGUGUCGAAGUGAUCGUCUGCGUGCCGGAAAUCCUUCGCCGUGCGCUGGCUUGUAAUUUUGUGGACUCUAAUUUGAUCGACACGUUAAUUUUCGAUGAGUGUCACCACUGUGUGUCCAAGAAGGGCGUUAGCAGCGGGCACCCUUAUUGUCAGCUCGCCCAGUUGGCCAGGGGUGCUCGGAAGUAUGUUGGGCUCACAGCGAGUCCUAUCAAUUGCAAGAAAGUUGAUGUUAAGAAGAAUAUGCAGCAGUUGAAGACGGUGCUUUCCUUGAAUGGUGAAUGUGAGAUAGUGAGGCCGUCGGCUACUCUGGCAGAGCUGCAGGAAUAUGUCCACACGCCCGAACCCCAAUUGGAGUUGUAUGCAUCCCCUGUCUAUCGCCCGAAUUGUGAUCGAUUCGAUGAUUGCAAGGCAAAGGGACAGAGAUUGCACGACCUCAUGUGUGGAGCAUAUAAACGCGUGUCGUGGCUCGACGAGUACUGUGCGAUACGGAAGUCACUGAGGCAUGUUGACGCGAACUACACCGCUGUGGUGGGGUUGGUCAGUGCUAACCUCAUGGAUCUACCACACAAUGAGGUCUCCUAUUACUGCGAGUUGCUGGGCCAGCUGGGGAAAGUUUUACACGAGGGUGGUAGUCGCGCUGCACUGCAUGCGUUGAAGUACAUCUGCCGUACGCAUGAUGAGAUCCUUGAGGAUUACGCCCUUCCUGAACUCUACAACCAGGCAGAAGGGAAGAUUGAACCUGGCCGAUUGAAGUUCCGUAUCAAAAGGCUUGAGGAGCACGUUGCGGAGUUCCCACUAUGGCCUGGUACGAUGGCCAACGCUGUGAGGCAGUCUCUGUGGGAGGCCUGCGAGGCCAUCUGUGUAUAUGGUGGUCUGGAGCUCGUCGAAGUAGCUGGCAACAUCGACAUCCCCGGUGUUAGUCUUGAGGACCUCAAGCGCUACAUCACGGAAACCUUCGUACCAAGACUACUGGGCAUGGCUGUUGACGCUGACAAGCUGUUGAAACUCCGUUCGGUGUUGCAGCUCGACGAUCUGGCCCAUUCGAAGUACUCUGCGACCAUAGUGUUCGUCGGCGAGAGGCUGAUGGCGCGUGCGUUGGCGGCUACCUUGAAUUUGAGAUACUGUGUUGGUGGUAACGGAGAGCGAGUAAGCAAGCAGACUGAGGCUUUGGAGUGGUUCAAGGAUACGGCCGAGGAGGGCUCUCAGCGUGCUGUGCUUAUCGCAACCUCGGUCUGUGACGAAGGUGUUGAUGUUCCUAUAUGUGACUGUGUUGUGAUGUGGGACGUGCCCCCGAACGUUCGCAGUUUCAUUCAGCGUCGUGGACGGGCGCGCAAGAUCAGGCCGACGAAAUCUGAGCUCAUCGUUCUGGUUGAGGCCUCGAACUUCGCCGUGACCAAGCCAACGAGAGUUUGA